AUGCUAAUCACAUGGAAAGUAGCGGUUAUAGUAGCCACGUCGCGGUUACAAGCUUUCAUCCCCAAGUGCUUUGCUAGACCUUACUGCAGGCCGAGCCAUGUACAAACAGUACCAGUACCCCCACACGACGUGUUCAUAAGCCACCGGGGUCCCGAUACCAGAAGACACAUUGCAGGUUUACUCCACGACCACCUUCUCAUGCGGGGGCAUAGGCCUUUCAUCGACUACCGAAACUUGAAAGCUGGUGACAAAUUGUCCGAAAAGAUUGAUACCGCCGUUCGAGAUUGUAAAGUUGGUGUCGUAGUGUUCUCGCCAAGAUAUUGCGAGUCCUCCUAUUGUCUCCAUGAAUUGGCUUUGCUAAUGGAGUACAAGAAAAGAGUUAUACCCAUCUUUUAUAAUGUCAAACCGUCCCAGCUUCGAGUUGGAGACGACGUAUCCAAUGGACGUUGUGUUUCAGAGAAAGAGCUUGAGAGAUUCAGCACAGCACUUGAAGAAGCUAAAAAUAUCGUUGGACUUAGCUUUGAUUCAUCAAGAGGAUAUUGGUCAGAGUUCCUACGAAGUGCUUCUGAUGCCAUCAUAGAGCAGCUCGGCCAGAGCUCCUGA